AUGCCGGUUCCGGAGAAACUGAUCGAUGAUGACUUUAUUACGGAGAAACUUCGAGUGGAGUUUCCUAAUGGAGAAGAUGGUGAACCGUCUAUCACGAUUGAGGUAGAGGUGCUGGAAGCGAUGAAUGGGAUGUGGAAGCAGUGCAUGAUAGUUAGGGUGCUGGGAAGGAGUGUUGCGAUAGCUGCCUUAAGUAGGAAGUUACGAGAGUUAUGGAAUCCGAAGGGAGCAAUGUACGUGAUGGACUUACCCCGACAGUUCUUCAUGGUCCGUUUUGAAAAGGAGGAUGAAUACCUGGCGGCGCUGACAGGAGGCCCAUGGAGAGUUUUCGGUAGUUAUCUCAUGGUGAGGGCUUGGUCAUCAGAAUUUGAUCCCCUAAGAGAUGACAUUGCUACAACGCCGGUCUGGGUUAGACUAACAAAUAUCCCAGUGAACUUUUAUCACCGGUCGAUCCUUAUGGGGAUUGCUAAGGAUUUGGGGAAGCCAGUCCGGGUAGACAUGACCACGCUGAACUUUGAGAGAGCAAGGUUUGCAAGAAUUUGUGUCGAAGUCAAUUUAGCAAAGCCAUUGAAAGGGACAGUGCUAAUUAAUGGUGAGGGAUACUUUGUAGCGAAUGAAGGGCUAUCUGAAAGCUGUUCUAAAUGCGGAAUAUAUGGACAUCUAGUCCAUGGGUGUCCAAAAACUAUUGCGGAGAGAGUGGAUAGUAUGACAUUACAGACGGAGACGUCAGUACUCCCAAAAACGGUACCUGAGGAAAUCCCCCAGCAGGAGGAUGGGUUUACUCAAGUAAGGGGAGCGAGAAGAGGAACGCAAAUGUCGAGGCAGGUGGGUAUUGGAAUACGAGAACCAGGAGAGGAAACUAAGCGGAGUCUUCGUGGGAAUUCUAACACCAAGGAGACCGCGAAUAUUGCACUAUCGAAUAAGUAUGGUAGCCUUGAGAUGACUAUGAAUGUGGAUGGAUCAAAGGAGGAUAUGGUUACUGGUGAAGAGAAUAAGGAGAAUCAUGACAUGAACUUUCAGAACAGGAGAGGAAAAGGUUUCUUGCAAGUGAAAGAAGGUUUGAUCUUUAGCGGGAAAGCUAGUACUUCAACUAGUUCGAAAGGAGCGAAUAAAGAGAAGUGGGCCGCUAACAAAAAAUUGAUUGAGGGAAAUAGAGGAAAGCCCAAGAAAGUGAAUAAUAAGCCCGUUCGAGGGUUGGUGUUUGGGCCGACGAAGGGAGAAAUUAGCUUAUCGGAAUCUGGAAAGAGACUGAGAGUGGAAAAUACUCCGGCAGGGAGAGCUGGUGGUGUGUUCAAAGACAGCAUGGAGAACGGUCAGACUAGAUCUAAAACUCUGCUACUGCAUGAUGAAGAGGUGGAUAAUCCCAUGGAGAGUAUUAUCAACUUGGCAGAACAAAGAGUGGCUGAUACACAGACAAGUCUGCAAGGAGAUGGAAGGAUCUUGUCUCUUGCAUAA